AUGACGAGUAACAGCCAGGAUACACACACGAAUAGGUCGCAAACUGUUACUCUACCAGAAACAUCACAAUUAUUGCAACUUAGGGCGGAUCAAUCCGAUCAAGUACCAAAACUGUCUAAAAAGGAACAGAAAUCAAAGGUUACCUGGGAUAGAAAUGUUAUAGAUAAUGAACAUAUGAAUAAGAAGAAGACUAAGAUUUGUUGUAUUUUCCAUCCGCAACAGAAUUAUGAUGAGGAGGAAGAAACUGGCGGUGACCAUCAGCCAGCCAGUUCCUCGUCUACUUCCUCCUCGUCAGAGAAUGACGAUGGUAUGGACUUUGAAGCAAGAAGGAAGGCCAGGUUAGAGCGGCGACUUCAUAAGUUGGAGCAGAAGAAACCUAGUAGUCCCAAUGCAUAUGAAGUUCAACCUGACUAUCGUCAGUAUAGACAGAAAUUCCUGCAUGAGAAUAAAUGA